AUGGGUGUUGGCAAGAAGCAUAGGUACAUGUACUGUGAGAGAGCUGCCAAAGGUCAAAGAGAUCGGUCUGGUCGAUUCUAUGCAGUUGAUACUCUUCUGUAUGAAGUACUGGACAGGACGCACUGCUCCCAGGAUCCAGACAAAUUCAGUUUUCUGGACCACUUGUAUGUUGAUGGAGGAAACGAUACCCCAGCAGAGAUCAUGGCGGCUCAAAGAACUAGACCAAGAACCAACCGUCAGAGCAACAAUGAUAGCAACAAUGAUGGCAGUCACACAAGGCAAAGACAAAGAGGGACAGCAAAAUCCAAAAGGAUCAGCUGA